AUGAGCAAGGAGACCAAACAAUCCCUACGGGGACGAAAGCCUAAUGGUGCAACUGGAGGAACUCUAGCUGACCCCGCUAUGCUAGACAAAAUCGACAGACUGUUUGCAUGCAAUGUAGGCGACUACAUUUUCCUGCCCCAGAUUGUCGUGGUCGGUGACCAAUCGAGUGGGAAGAGCUCCGUCCUGGAAGGAGUAACCAACUUACCAUUCCCACGAGACAGUGGCUUGUGUACACGUUUCGCAACCCAGAUUACGUUCCGGCGCUCUCCAUUAACAGGAAUUACAAUCAGUAUUAUUCCUGCCAAAAAUUCAACCUCGGAGCACGCGAAUCAAGUACGCGAAUGGGCUAAGAGAGAUCUGGAUGGCCUUGAUCAGAAGGCCUUCACUCAUAUUAUGCUAGAGGUAAGUUCUAAAAGGAGAGCAUCAUGGCCUAAAUUAACAGUGUGCAGGUUCACACAGUAAUGGGACUCUCGAAGCAAGACAACAGCAUGAGCUCUCCAACCUUCUCAGACGACGUCUUAUGCAUAGAGGUGUGCGGGCCCGACCAGGAGCAUCUGAGCGUUAUUGACGUCCCAGGCAUCUUUAGGCAGAGGACGCAGGGCCUCACAAGCACGGCCGAUAUGUCUAUGGUCAAGUCAAUGGUGCGCGCCUACAUGGCGAACCCCAGAUCGGUUAUGCUUACCGUUAUUCCGGCCAACGUUGAUCUUGCAACACAAGAGAUCCUAGAGAUGGCAGAGGAGGUGGACCCCGAUGGGCAGAGGACCCUGGGUGUGUUGACGAAGCCGGACCUCGUUGACAAAGGUGCCGAGCAGGCCGUGGUUGACCUGGUUGAGGGCCGAAGGCAUCAACUGGCCCUAGGAUGGAGCCUCGUGCGCAACCCCGGGCAGCAGCAGUUGACGGAUCCGGCGACGAACCGUCAGGCACUGGAACAAGAAUUUUUUUCAAGGGAGUCGCCAUGGGAUAGUCUGAACAAGGAAAAGGUUGGAAUCCCUGCGCUUCAAGUGCGUCUACAGGAGAUUCUAGCUGAGCACAUUCGUCGCGAGUUUCCCAAAGUAAGUGUUCCUUGAUUGGUGGAGUAGUGUCAAACUUGCUAACACCCCCUGUAAGGUGAAGUCGGAGGUCAAAUAAGAAGCUCAGGGAUUGCAAGGCUUUGCUUGUAGAUCUUGGGGCCAAGAGAGACACGCCAACCGACCAAUCCAAGUAUCUAAUCGAUAUUGCAACUCGCUUCCAAGAAACCGUCACGUCGGCAUUGAAUUCCCACUACUCGGGAAAUGAUAUCUUUGAUCAGCAGCCUAGCCUCAGACUUGUCACGACGUUAGUGGCCCGUAACGAGACCUUCUCAAACUCGGUCCAGACAUGGGGUAACACCUACUGUUUUAAGGAACCAAAUUUGCAUGAUUUUGGGUCUAUGCUUGAGCCUCCCCCUGUCGAGGAAGAGCCUUACGAUGCUGAAUGUCCUCCGCCUGUUUCCGUUCUCGAUACUCGUCUUCAUAAAACCCACGAUGAUGUCAGGGACAUUGUGCGCGAGAAUGAAAUGCUCUCUUUGCCCCGGAAUAACGAUGUCCUUAAAUGGUUGACCACUGUCUAUCGAGAUUCCCGUGGUUUAGAACUAGGGACGUUCAAUUCAUCGUUGCUGGCUCUAACCAUGAAGGAGCAGUCGAAGAAGUGGGACAGCAUAGCUUUCGGGUAUAUCAGCGAAGUGGUAACUGUGACUCACACUUUCGUCACCGAUUUUCUCUGCCAUACCUGUUCAGACGAACGUGUCCGGACUGGGCUGGCCUCUAUACUUAUGGAUGGGCUUUUGGAGCGGUACAGGAAAGCCUUUGCUCAUGUGGAAUUCAUUCUACAGGUUGAGCGAUCUGGCAAGCCAAUGACGUUGAAUCACUAUUUUAAUGACAAUUUAGAGAAAUGGUAAGAGACCUUCCCUUCUUGUUUAUAUAUUCUGACAGAUCGUGUAGCCGAUAGGAACGUAUGCAGAAAGCAAUGUUAGCGAUAUCAAUUGACAACUGUAAGCAUGGAGCUGUUGUCCCGCUUCGCGCGAUUACGCAGACCCACUAUCAUAUGAGCAACGCCGAGCACAUUGUUCAAGAUCUCCACGACAUCUUACAAUCGUAUUACAAGGUUGCCAGAAAACGAAUCGUCGACGUAAUAUGUAUGCAAGCAGCAGAUUAUUACCUGAUCUCGGGACCGGAUACGCCAUUGAAGCUCUUCUCGCCAGUAUUUGUAGGGGCCAUGACUCCAGAGCAGUUGGAUGAGGUUUCAGGAGAGGAUGCGCGCCAGAAACGUCGACGGAAGCAACUGCAGAAGGAGAUAGAGGAUCUUGAGAGGGGGAGGAAGAUAUUGACAUGA